GGCCUUCUUCUCAUCGACUCCAUUCCCAGUCCCACUUUCUUCGUACACGUUUAAAACCCUACUCCACCUCGUCGCCGUCGCUGCGAUCUGCUAGGUCGUCCCCGCUGGAAGCUCGGGAAGAUGUCGCUCCGGGUGUUGAAUCCUCAAGCUGAGGUGCUGAACAAGUCGGCGGCACUCCACAUGAACAUUAACGCUGCCAAGGGCCUUCAGGAUGUGCUAAAAACGAAUCUCGGACCCAAGGGCACCAUCAAAAUGCUUGUCGGAGGGGCUGGGGACAUCAAGCUUACAAAAGAUGGGAACACUCUCUUGAAAGAGAUGCAAAUCCAAAACCCUACAGCGAUUAUGAUCGCAAGGACUGCAGUCGCGCAGGAUGACACUAGUGGUGAUGGCACAACCUCCACUGUUCUCUUCAUUGGGGAGUUGAUGAAGCAGUCAGAACAGAAAAUCGGUGAAGGAAUGCAUCCAAGAGUGUUGGUAGAUGGUUUUGAAAUUGCCAAGCGGGCUACUCUAGAGUUUCUAGAGAAGUUUAAGACACCUGCCGUGAUGGGUGACUCACCUGACAAGGAGAUAUUGAAAAUGGUAGCAAGGACAACACUUAGGACAAAGUUAUAUGAAUCGCUAGCUGACCAACUGACCGACGUUGUUGUUGAUGCAGUACUCUGCAUACGAAAACCAGAUGAGCCAAUUGAUCUUUUCAUGGUCGAGAUAAUGCAUAUGCGCCAUAAAUUCGAUGUUGACACGCGCUUGGUUGAAGGCCUUGUCCUUGAUCAUGGAUCUCGACAUCCUGAUAUGAAGCGGAGGGCAGAAAAUUGCUAUAUCUUGACUUGCAAUGUCUCCUUGGAAUAUGAUAAAAGUGAAAUAAAUGCAGGCUUUUUCUACUCCAAUGCCGAGCAGAGAGAAAAAAUGGUUGCUGCUGAACGGCGUCAAGUUGAUGAGCGGGUUAACAAGAUCAUUGAAUUGAAGAACAAGGUCUGUUCUGACAAUGACAAAAACUUUCUUGUGAUUAAUCAGAAGGGCAUUGAUCCUCCAUCUCUAGACCUACUUGCCAGGGCAGGGAUUAUUGCACUUAGAAGAGCCAAGAGGAGGAAUAUGCAAAGACUGGUUUUGGCUUGUGGUGGGGAAGCUGUUAAUUCUGUUGAUGACUUGACGGUUGAUUGUCUUGGAUGGGCUGGGCUUGUUUAUGAGCAUGUUCUUGGUGAAGAAAAGUAUACCUUUGUUGAAAAUGUGAAAAACCCUCGCUCUUGUACCAUCUUGAUCAAAGGACCAAAUGAUCAUACCAUUGCUCAAAUCAAGGAUGCUGUUCGUGAUGGUCUCAGAUCUGUCAAGAAUACAAUUGAAGAUGAAGCUGUUGUUCUGGGUGCUGGGGCGUUUGAGGUUGCCGCAAGACAGCAUUUGAUCAACAAUAUAAAGAAAACGGUUCAAGGGCGUGCACAAAUUGGAGUCGAAGCUUUUGCUGAUGCCCUUCUCGUGGUUCCAAAGACACUUGCAGAGAACUCUGGCCACGAUACCUUAGAUGCCAUCAUUUCUAUUACAGGUGAGCAUGACAGAGGCAACAUUGUCGGUUUGAAUCUUCAUACCGGUACACCUGUUGAUCCACAGAUGGAGGGUAUCUUUGAUAACUACUCGGUCAAACGUCAGCUCAUAAACUCAGGACCUGUUAUUGCUUCCCAAUUGCUUCUGGUGGAUGAAGUAAUUCGUGCUGGCCGAAACAUGCGAAAACCAACAUAGAUCCAUUGAGAUGUCCCCAGAUUUGCAAGUUACCAAUUUGACAUAAGAAAGUUUGAGAUGUUUUGUAGUGGAUUGGUGAAGUGAUAUGCAAGACUCAAGUACAUGUUCUGUUAUUUUUAAUGCUCAUGUAGUUCCAAGGGAUACGGAGAUUUUGCUUAGUUCAGAGCAAAUUUUGCCCUUUUUUAUUUUCCUGGGGAAAACCUCCACAUUAUUGCAAUCGUGUAAGUUUGUCAGAUUCAAAAAUUACUUCUUUUAGGGUUUGAAACUA